ACCGCUUGGCCUCGCUAGGCUGCUCCUGUCUAUCCUGGCUCGGUGAACUGUCUCCGUCUUCCCCCGUCUGCUUCUGUCCAAGACGCUGCUUUUCUCCCUCUCCGUGGUCAAUGUACGUGUGGGGCGGCGUAGCGACGAGGACCAGUGAUAGCAGCGUGUUGAACCUCAAGAUAUGGCGGACGUGGGAGACCAGACGCUGGGCAUCUAUUUCACAUAUACACAUCCGAUGUAUCGCGGGCAGAAGGCCGACGGGUCCGUCAACACCGUGGCCAUCUCCCUCAUCACUGUAGGCGUCAUAUAUUACCUCGCGGCUCUCUUUCCUUCAAAAUCUUCUCGCUUCAGCAGGAGUAUCCAGGAGGACCAACUGGACCUCUUCCAGCAGAUAGAGAGCAACAUCGCCACGCUGGGAGUGGACGGCCACGCAUGCGUACUCCGGUUUAUCUGUGAGAUGCAAACCAACAGGUUCUCCAGCUCAUCAAUAUUCGGAGAAAUCUUCAACCUUAUGUUCACUCCGAAGCAAGGCAGCAACUACAAAAUACUAGAGGACUACAUAGCAGCGGAGAUGGCCGGGCAGGACAGUGGGCCAGGCCAGACCUGCGCGGAGACGUACCCGUCGUGUCCGGUGUCUGUGUUCGCCGUCCUGCGCCGCUUCCAGAACCAAAUGGGCUUCUCCACGCCGGAGGACAAGCCCCUCAACGCCUCCAUCAACCUCCAGAACAGUCUUCUUACAGGGGACGUUGACCCCUAGAGCACCGCCACACAAGGCUGUUCGUUUCUUCUUUUCUACGCUAACGUGCAGCCCUACUUUCAACCGUGUGCAGCAUCAACACAGAGCUCAGUCGAAGAUCCGGGGGUUUAAUUCCUUUGUGGGACAGAAAUGGUUGGGCACGCGUCCUUCCACAUAAUGCCUCUGUAUACAGUAGUUCUAAAGGGGGGGUGGAGGAGGUUUUCUGUUCCUGACAAAACGAAUUAAACCUUUGGCUGUUUAUAUUAUAGAUGUUACUACUGCUCGGCUUAGACUCGAUUACAAGUAUCUCUGGGAAUUUUCAUUAUCUGCUGAUGUAGAUCUGACCAAAUGUAAACUGUGUCAACAAAAUUAUUCGUACACCUUC